CAGCCGUAAACGGCUCUCUCGCGCCAUUUCCGGCCGGCUUCCGCAGACGGCGCUGGUGGGCGAUCGUGAGGCGCCGGAGGACGUUCCUCGCCGCAGGAGCCAUGGAGAUGCCGCUGCCGCCCGACGACCAGGAGCUUCGAAAUGUCAUCGACAAGCUGGCGCAGUUCGUGGCUCGCAACGGGCCCGAGUUUGAGAAGAUGACGAUGGAGAAGCAGAAGGACAACCCGAAAUUCUCGUUUCUGUUCGGAGGAGAGUUCUACAGUUACUACAAGUGCAAGCUGGCGCUGGAGCAGCAGCAGCUCAUCUGCAAGCAGCAGGCCCCAGAGCUGGAGACGGCCUCAGCCCUGCCACCCCUGCCACAGCCCCCGUUGGCCCCUACUGCGCCCAUCCCAGCAGCCCAGGGAGCCCCAUCCAUGGACGAGCUCAUCCAGCAGAGCCAGUGGAACCUGCAGCAGCAGGAGCAGCACCUGCUGGCCCUCAGACAGGAACAGGUGACUGCAGCCGUGGCCCACGCCGUGGAGCAGCAGAUGCAGAAGCUCUUGGAGGAGACCCAGCUGGACAUGAACGAGUUUGACAGCCUGCUGCAGCCCAUCAUCGACACGUGCACCAAAGAUGCCAUCUCGGCCGGGAAGAACUGGAUGUUCAGCAACGCCAAGUCCCCGCCGCACUGCGAGCUGAUGGCAGGCCACCUGCGGAACCGCAUCACGGCCGACGGGGCACACUUCGAGCUGCGGCUGCACCUCAUCUAUCUGAUCAACGAUGUCCUGCACCACUGGGCCCUGACGCGCGGAAGGUCUCUCCCUCACAGCCAGCGCAAGCAGGCCAGGGAGCUGCUGGCCGCCCUGCAGAAGGUCGUGGUGCCCAUCUACUGCACCAGCUUCUUGGCCGUGGAGGAGGACAAGCAGCAGAAGAUUGCCCGGCUCCUGCAGCUCUGGGAGAAAAACGGCUAUUUUGACGACUCCAUCAUCCAGCAGUUACAGAGCCCGGCCCUGGGGCUUGGCCAGUACCAGGCGACACUCAUCAACGAGUACUCCUCGGUGGUCCAGCCGGUGCAGCUGGCCUUCCAGCAGCAGAUCCAGACCCUCAAGACACAGCACGAGGAGUUUGUCAACAGCCUAGCCCAGCAGCAGCAGCAGCAGCAGCAGCAGCAAAUCCAGAUGCCACAAAUGGAAGCCGAAGUCAAGGCCACGCCACCGCCACCUGCCCCGCCCCCAGCCCCCACGCCCACCCCGGCCAUCCAGCCAACCACCCAGCCCGAUGACAAGCCCCCCAUCCAGAUGCCAGGGUCCUCUGAGUACGACACCUCAGGAGGGGUCCAGGACCCUGCCGCCGCUGGGCCCCGGGGCCCUGCGCCCCAUGACCAGAUCCCACCUAACAAGCCCCCGUGGUUUGACCAGCCUCACCCCGUUGCUCCUUGGGGCCAACAGCAGCCUCCCGAGCAGCCCCCUUAUCCACACCACCAGGGCGGGCCGCCCCACUGCCCACCCUGGAACAACAGCCACGAGGGCAUGUGGGGUGAGCAGCGCGGAGACCCUGGCUGGAAUGGCCAGCGCGAUGCACCCUGGAACAGCCAGCCCGACCCCAACUGGAACAGCCAGUUCGAGGGCCCCUGGAACAGCCAGCACGAGCAGCCGCCCUGGGGUGGGGGCCAGCGAGAGCCGCCCUUCCGCAUGCAGCGGCCGCCACACUUCCGCGGGCCCUUCCCACCCCACCAGCAGCACCCACAGUUCAACCAGCCCCCGCACCCCCACAACUUCAACCGCUUCCCACCUCGCUUCAUGCAAGACGACUUCCCCCCACGGCACCCUUUCGAGCGGCCUCCCUAUCCUCACCGCUUCGACUACCCCCAGGGGGACUUCCCUACUGAGAUGGGACCCCCUCACCACCACCCUGGCCACCGCAUGCCUCAUCCUGGGAUCAACGAGCACCCACCCUGGGGUGGGCCCCAGCACCCUGACUUCGGCCCUCCUCCCCAUGGCUUCAAUGGGCAGCCCCCCCACAUGCGGCGACAGGGCCCUCCCCACAUCAACCACGACGACCCCAGCCUGGUCCCCAAUGUGCCCUACUUUGACCUCCCUGCUGGGCUGAUGGCCCCCCUUGUGAAGCUGGAAGACCACGAGUACAAGCCUUUGGACCCUAAAGACAUCCGCCUCCCGCCCCCCAUGCCGCCCAGUGAGAGGCUGCUGGCGGCCGUGGAGGCCUUCUACAGCCCUCCCUCCCAUGACAGGCCCAGGAACAGCGAAGGCUGGGAGCAGAACGGCCUCUAUGAGUUCUUUCGAGCAAAGAUGCGGGCCCGGCGGAGGAAAGGCCAGGAGAAGAGGAACAGCGGACCCUCAAGGUCUCGGAGCAGAUCCAAGAGCCGAGGGCGCUCUUCCUCCCGCUCCAACUCACGGUCCUCCAAGUCAUCUGGCUCCUACUCACGGUCAAGGUCACGCUCCUGCUCCCGCUCCUACUCCCGCUCGCGCUCCAGGAGCCGCAGCCGAUCACGCUCCUCGAGAAGCCGCUCCCGCUCCCACUCCCGCUCCCGCUCCAAGUCCUACUCCCCAGGAAGGAGACGCCGGUCGAGGUCCAGGAGCCCUACCCCGCCUUCCUCGGCUGGUCUGGGUUCUAAUUCAGCACCUCCUAUACCUGACUCCAGGCUCGGGGAAGAGAACAAAGGACAUCAGAUGCUGGUGAAAAUGGGCUGGAGUGGAUCUGGUGGCCUCGGCGUGAAAGAGCAAGGGAUCCAGGACCCCAUCAAGGGCGGGGAUGUCCGGGAUAAGUGGGACCAGUACAAGGGCGUGGGCGUGGCCCUGGACGACCCUUACGAGAACUACCGCAGGAACAAGAGCUACUCUUUCAUUGCCCGCAUGAAGGCCAGAGACGAGUGCAAGUAGGCGUGCCAAGGGCCAGGAGCUGUGCCGGCAGCCGAGGGCCCUUCCUGGCUUAUCGGCAGCAGAAAGUGGUAGAGACAGCUCGGUCCUCACACAGCCUCCGUCUUUGGGGAGCACCAGAAGAGAAGACAACUACAGCACGCCUAGUGACAGUGUCAUGCUCCACAGCGGGGAAGGCCCCAGGCCCCACCUGCAGGCAGCUCUAACGUAGAAACAAGAUGCAGAGCAGGAGAAGCCCCAGCCAGCGUGGCCACAAGCUCAUUGCCCUUGACAGCGAAGUGAGAAACACAAGACCCUCCACCCCCUGGAUAGGAAUUCUCAACAUCGGAAGGAGCAGAUGUGUUGCAUCUCGAGUCA